UUGCUGUGUUAUGUUGGCAGGGCUUGUCGCGUCGUGCUCGCUCGCGCAGAUCCAUCCUGGAGCGACGUAGCCGCGUGAGUAGCAGCGACAGUAGCGAGAGUUCGAGCGACAGUAGCCGCGACCUGCGUCGUCCGGUCGCCGAUGACCAAUAGACGCGCAAGCAAGCCGUUGCCAGUAACGAGGAGAGGCGCCAAAAGAGCGCAGAGAAACGACGACUCAUUCGGCGGCGCGCACAGAGACGGCGCAGACGACUCUUGCGCAAACGCGCCGCGAACAGCAAAAUGCCGCACCAGUACGGCAGCAGUAUGGCGGCCGCAGUGAGUCUGCAGUCGCCGCCCCAGUUGGCGCACGCGCCGCCCCCGGCCCCCGCCCCUCCGGCCCCCCAGCUACAGUAUGCGCCGCCCCCCUAUCGCAGUGAUGAGCAGCGGCUAACCAGGGAGGCAAUGGAGCGUUACCUGCGCGAGAGAAGCGACAUGGUGAUAGUGAUUUUGCACGCGAAGGUGGCGCAAAAGUCUUAUGGCAACGAAAAGCGCUUCUUCUGUCCGCCACCCUGCAUCUACCUCUACGGCGACGGCUGGCGUCUCAGGCAGGAGCAGCUGGUCAGGGAUGGCGAGUCAGAACAGGCAGCCCAGCUGUGUGCGUUCAUUGGUAUCGGCAACAGCGACCAGGACAUGCAGCAGCUGGACCUGAACAACGGCAAGCAGUACUGCGCCGCCAAGACGCUAUACAUCUCCGACUCGGACAAACGCAAGCACUUCAUGCUCUCAGUCAAGAUGUUCUACGGCACCGGCCACGACAUCGGCGUCUUCCACAGCAAGCGCAUCAAGGUGAUAUCGAAGCCAUCCAAGAAGAAGCAAUCGCUGAAAAACGCUGACCUGUGCAUAGCCAGCGGCACAAAGGUUGCGCUCUUCAAUCGGCUCAGGUCGCAGACUGUAAGCACCAGGUAUUUGCACGUGGAGAACGGCAACUUCCACGCGAGCUCGACGCAGUGGGGGGCGUUCACCAUCCACCUGCUGGACGACGACGAGAGUGAGAGCGAAGAGUUCAGUGUGAGAGACGGCUAUGUUCAUUAUGGCAGCACUGUCAAGCUGGUCUGCAGUGUUACCGGCAUGGCGUUGCCCAGGCUCAUCAUACGAAAGGUGGACAAGCAGAUGGCGCUGCUCGAGGCUGAUGAUCCAGUGUCACAACUGCACAAGUGCGCUUUCUACAUGAAGGACACAGAGCGCAUGUAUCUGUGUUUAUCACAGGAGCGCAUCAUCCAGUUCCAAGCGACGCCUUGUCCCAAGGAACCCACCAAGGAGAUGAUCAAUGACGGUGCCUGCUGGACCAUCAUCAGUACCGACAAGGCGGAGUACCAGUUCUACGAGGGCAUGGGUCCCGUCCGGUCGCCCGUGACACCCGUGCCUCUCGUGCACAGCCUCCAUCUCAAUGGUGGCGGCGACGUUGCCAUGUUGGAGUUGUCCGGCGAGAACUUCACGCCCAACCUGCAGGUCUGGUUCGGUGAUGUCGAGGCAGAAACUAUGUACAGGUGCCAGGAAAGCAUGCUGUGCGUGGUGCCGGACAUCUCGUCGUUCAGAGGCGAGUGGCUGUGGGUGCGGCAGCCGACGCAGGUGCCCGUGUCACUGGUGCGCAACGAUGGCAUCAUCUACGCCACGGGGCUCACAUUCACCUACACGCCCGAGCCGGGGCCCCGCCCCCACUGCUCGCCUGCCGAGGACAUCAUGCGGGUCAAUGCCGCCUCCGCCUCCGCAGUCACUGCCGCCUCCGAACAACGGUUGCCGCCUCUCGCCGACUGGAGUCAGGGAUGAGGCCCGGAACCAGAGGGCAUCUUUAUUUUGUGUUGGCAGCGAGCUGUCUAAUCAACAAUCGUCAGCUGCAGCCUGUGGUCUCAAUCAAGUCACUUGAAACGUUUCAUGAAAUGUUUCACAUGUUGAAUAAUGUACUUCAGAACAGCCAAACCUCUCACCUGCAACCUGUGUUUUCAACAAGUGUUUUUGUUUUUGAACUGAGUUUUCGACUUUUCAUGAAAUGUUUGAGACGUUGGAUAAUUUGCUUCAGAAUCAGCCAAACUUCCCAGCGGCAACCUGUGUUUUCAGCAAGUGAUUAGAAAUGUUUCAUUAAAUCGUUGAGUCGAUCAUAAUAUCAUGUGCCGAGUAAAAGAAACUGAUAAGUUGGUUAGAAAUAGCGUUUGGAGUUUCGUGAAACGUGUGAUGUGUGUGCGGGUAUGAAGUGUAUACUGACUCACAACUCUUGUACAUAAAUGUAAUAAUAAUAUGUUUCAAUUGGUGUGUUAUUGUGUGUAUGUGUGUGUUAUACUACACACAAAUAUUGGAGCUAUAAUGUGUUGAUAACAUUGAGAUUACGCUUCAAAAUUUUAGUUGACUGUGAAAGAAGUAGUCAAAAAUUGAAAUUUAGGUUAUACAUCAAAAUAUUAAAAGACAAAAAAAGAGUUGGAACUUGUCAUCAUCUGUCGAAAAUCGACAGGUGUGCGGAUGAGGGUUUGUGUGUUAUGCAUCGAAAUAUAAAUGUAGAAAAAUCUUAGAAAAAAAAGUUUAGUCGAGAAUCGACAGGUUUGAAAAGUCAUUGAUCCAAUAUUUUGUAUUACGUCAUGAACAGACAUGACAUGUGUUAUGGUGUUAAUAAAGAACUCGUUCAAAUGACAGAGCAUUAUAACAUGGAGUUAUAAAAGGCUUGGAAUGAAGUAUUUUUGUGUGAUACUAGGUAAGCAGUGAUACGGUUUAUUCUCAAGGUAUUAAGGUUUUCACCCAUAAUAGAAUUGAAAAAAUAGCUGACUAUCAGUGAAACACAGAUAUGGAAUAGACCGCAGAUUGGAGCGAGGUGAGGUCUAACUCAUGUCUGUGUUUCAAGGAAGUCAAGCUCAUUUCUAUCAUCGCCUCGUGUUGAUCUAAAAUGCCGACUGUUUUUCAUGUAAUAAUCUGCACUAGUUUCUUCAUAAAUCGCGUUUCAUAACUUUAAAAGAGGAGCGGUCCAUCGACAUUUAUGUUAUAAUUAGACACAUCAUUGAAACUUUUGAAAAAAAAUGAGCUCCAAAAAGAAUUCUAGUAAUCCAACUGUGUUGUGUAAUAUUUACAAUAAUUGUUGUAUAUUAUGUUAAAUGUGGCAGGAACCACUUCGUUUUGAUAAACGUUAGCCCAGUUGCACAAAGGCCUGUUAGAAUUUUAACAAGGAUUAAAUUCCACGAGAACCUAUCGAGAAGCCUUCUUUCCAAAAAUCCUUCUCUAAUUGGUUUCUUGGCAUUUAAUCAUGAUUAAAAUUUAACGGGCUUUUGUGCAACCGGACAUUAGAGUUGAGAAAAUUGAUCUGCAUGAUAAUAAACAAAAAUAUCAAAAAAUUGCAUGAUUUAUAAGUUUGUGAAAAACGAAUUUUUUUCAAUAGAUUGAACUCAAUUCAGGAAUUGUUGAUACGAAGCGAUGAUUAUAUUUAUAUAAAAAAAUGUUGAAAAUACUGCAUGAUUAAAACUUAUUUUUAAUUUGAAAAUAAUUAAAUAAAAAGAUAACCGUAUUACUUUAUUUUGAAUCAGAAAUAUCUGAAUGUUGGUACUAAGAUACCCUGCAUAUACGUAUAACAUGAAGAGGACUGAGUACUCUUGCAAAAAAUACAUGGAUUUUCAAAAUGUUAUGUAUUUGAAGGAAAUUGAUAAUAUAUCUUCAAAUUCGGCCAAGAUGUUGAAAUACUUGAGAAAUUAAAAAAAAAUGUAAUGUUUAUUCACAUAUUAGAUUACUUGAAAAUACGAAAAUCAACAAAAAUAAGUGAACCAUUGACUACAUAUUCAGCCUGAUAUGUAAAUUAUUAUGAUCAAAUGCAUGUUGUCAUUCUCAUUGAGAAGUCGUUGUGAAUAUUCAAAAUCCCUAUUUAGAAAUUAUUAUUGGUAUGAACUGAAUUUAUAUUUGAGAUAUCUUCAGGGUGAUUUUUCUGUUUAGAGUGUUUACAACUUCAUGUAAUUAUAAACAAAUUCAUUUGUUGUUUUGGUAGAAUAUCACACGAUUCCAAUAAUCAUGUUGAAAUUUCAAUAAUUGAGUACCUAUAUUAUCAAAAAAGUUCUAUUAUAUCUGAAUAUGUUUAGCAACGAAAUUAAAAAUUUGACAAAAUAUGCAAUUGUUGGUAUAGUUUAUAAGUGAAACAUAAAAUUCAUUUUAUAAUGAAAUCUCAAAAAUAUUUCAAAUAAUUGGAAAAUAACUUUCUGGUAGUGGAAUUAAUUUGAAUCAAGACUGAAUAAACUUUUCCAAAAAUGUUUUUGGUAUUGUGUGUGUGUGUGUGUAUUCCAUUAUUUGAAAGACGUAUUUUAUCUUUAGGUUUUUUAUUGUGUGUAAAUUGUUGAAAAUAUGAAACUAUGUAUAUUUAAUAGAUCGUAUUUAAAUUAGAAAGCAUAUGUGUAUAUUCUUCGAUUAUUAUAAAUAAAAAAUGUCCAUUAUUUCUAAGCAGAGCUUCCAACAAAACUUACGAAUUCAUCCAGAUUUUUUGAAAAAAGAAAAUCAAAUCAGUCAGAUCCUUGAAGUAAGUUAACUAAUUUGAAAUACGAAACUUCAUCCAUUAUGUACUAUUGUAGUUGCUAUAAAAUAAAAUCAUAAUAUACUUAUAAAUAUAUCAUUUACAUAAUAGUUUUAGCAAGUAUGUUCAGUUUGACUUGAAUGAUCAAUUUUUUCAGGUGGUUUUUGGCUCUCUCAAAUGUAGUAAUACAUUUUUAUUGUGGAUUCUCAAAGAUUUGAUAGAACAAUUAUUCAUUCUGCGGAAAGUGAAUCUCGAUAAAAACACUUUGCGUACCCAGUAGUUAUGAUGAUGUGAUUAAAAUGAGAUUCUCGAUUGUACUUCAAUUUACAAUACAUCAUUGCCCCAUUAACAAUUGCAUGAAAUUCGAUUAAUUUGUUUUCUGUACAAUAUAUCUCCAGAUAAAUAUGAGAGUUCAAUUUGAAAAUUCCAGUUAAAUUUCGAAGUUAGUUUUUGAAUAUUUCUACUGGAUACUGGCAACAUUAUGUCAAUGCUAGUGAGUUUGAUGUUAGUAUCUUCAACUUCAUAAGGAGAAUACUGAAAACAAAUAUUUAAAAAAAGUUGCUCACAAACAAAAAAAUCAAUAUUACCGUACGACAUAAGUGUUUAUUUGGUACUAAACUUUGAUUAUUAUUAGCUACUCAUAAGCAUGACAGUUCAUCUCAAUCUGAAUCAUUUCAAGUAAGUACCGUAGUUCAAAAUUGAUCUUCAUUAGUAUUCUAUCAAAUUAUAUGAAUAAAGUAUUUAGACGUCAGACUUGAAAAACACCAAGUAUGAAAUAAAUUGUUAAUCAAAACAAUAAAAUUCCUAAUUUUACUUCUUUUUCAAUUUUGAGAGAAAUAGUUUUAAUUCUUGUCUGUUAUUAUUUCAGAUUUAGUUCAUUUUUUAAUGUCCCGAUCAAUAGAAAUUUCCAUAGAUAAAGUGGUUUUAUGUGUUUGGUUUUAUAAGUUUGCUCAAGAAUUUGUUAAAAUGAGUAAUUGUAUCCUUUGAUAGGAAAUUUAAGAAUUCAAAUUGUAUAUGACAUGUAGUGAUCAAGGUUUUUUGCUCAAAAAUGAAAGUAUUCGUUGCUUAUUUUGUCACCUCUAAAAAUUCAACGAUCAAUGUAACAUUUUUGCGGAAAAUCUAUUCGUCACAUUUAUAUCUUACCCAUGAAUCAUCACAAUGGACUCGAAAGAAAAAAUAAAACAUUUAUAUUAUCAUCAUUACACUGAUAACUCUCAAUUGAAAGGCACAAAUUGAUUUAAUUUUCUUUAAAUCGAGUUAGAAUCUCAUGAAAAUUAAUAAUUUGAAUUCAUUUUAAAGUUGUACCGUGUUAUAGUUUCAAAAGUUGAAAGUUUUGAGUACCGUAUUUAAAUAGGUACUGUAAUUCCAACGAAAUGAAUUCAUUUUAAUAAUUUAAGGGGCCAUAAUGUUUUUAAUUCCAUGUAAAUAUUAAGUCAUCUAGAAAGGAUAAGAUGGACAAUACGGUAGUCCAUGAUUCAGGCAUGUUGUAGAAGUAUUAAAUAUUUAUCUUGAAUAGUUAGUCCAAAUAUUGAAUUCUGUGUUUUAUAGUGGUGUUUGUGAAUAAAUAAUAAUUUAUGUAUUGUAUUUUUAUAAAAAAAAUUCCAUUGUAAAGAUUAUCCUACGUACGAAUCAUCCAUUCAUGAUUUGUUGCAAUAAAUUUUUAAUCUAUUUCCUGUGUAAAACAUUGUUAUAUAUAAUGAAAAAUGUGUCAAUAAAAAUUUUGUAGCUUUGUGAUUGAAA